UUUCUCUGCGCCUACGUCGAGGAAGAAACCCGCAGAGCGGGGCUUAAGGUCACCGGAAGCCCGCCCUCCUGUCUUCUGCUUCCGGGUCGGAGCCAUGGCGGUGGCAAAUUCAAGCCCCGUCAAUCCCGUGGUGUUCUUUGAUGUCAGCAUUGGCGGCCAGGAAGUUGGCCGCAUGAAGAUCGAGCUCUUUGCAGACGUUGUGCCUAAAACGGCCGAGAAUUUUAGGCAGUUCUGCACUGGAGAAUUCAGAAAAGAUGGGGUUCCGAUAGGAUACAAAGGGAGCACCUUCCACAGGGUCAUAAAGGAUUUCAUGAUUCAGGGUGGAGAUUUUGUUAAUGGAGAUGGUACUGGAGUCGCCAGUAUUUACCGGGGGCCAUUUGCAGAUGAAAAUUUUAAACUUAGACACUCAGCUCCAGGCCUGCUUUCCAUGGCCAACAGUGGUCCCAGCACAAAUGGCUGCCAGUUCUUCAUCACCUGCUCUAAGUGUGAUUGGCUGGAUGGGAAGCACGUAGUGUUUGGGAAAAUCAUUGAUGGACUUCUGGUGAUGAGAAAGAUUGAGAAUGUUCCCACAGGCCCCAACAAUAAGCCCAAGCUGCCUGUGGUGAUCUCACAGUGUGGGGAGAUGUAGUCCAGCGCGAGACCGGAUCAGGCCUUCCCUUCUCUGGGUGAUGCUCUUGAGUAAGAUAAUCUGGAUUGGCCCCUGUGUUUACUUCUGUGCCUGCUGCUGCCCUAUUUGAUCCAGAGACUCGAAGUAUCACAGAUACAGAACACAAGAUUUUCUGUUUAAGUUUUCAACUGUAAAUAAAGUUUGUUUUUUGUUUUUGUA